AUGGCGCGGUCGGGCAGCAAUCCUCCGCCUAGGAGCUCUCCUAGAAAACGGUCUAGGCCAACAGAAGAUGAGUUUGAGAACAAGGAAGGCGAUGGAGAGGUCGAGGAGCAGCCAGCAUUAAAAAAGACGCAGUUUGGACUCUUCCCAAGGCUCAUGAGUAUGUUUGGGGCUGCCGCCAAUACUCCAGCGGAGUUUGAGGAGGCUGUUCGAAAAAGUAUUCCACCUGAGAAGGCUGAGGAAGCGGCCCCGUCAAUGUCAGACCGAGAAAGGAGCACUUUCAUUGCAAAUAUGAUUGAUGAACGCCAUGCAGAGAUUCAAGCCAAAGAGGCGGAUGAAGCGCUUCGUGACCCCAAGCGAAAGCUGGCGUGGAAUCCGAACAUCAAGACUACUGAUAACGACUGGAUUGACUUUUCUGACAUGAUCCACGAUGAAUUGCAAAAGAAAGCCGUGAUAGAUGUUCUUGAGGCACAUUUCGAAGAUGGUCAGAUUUCGAUCAUUCAACCCAUGGGAAUUGAUGGAGCGGUACUGCAGAUUCAAAACGAACAUACUGCACUGUACAACGCAAACAUUGCAAAGGGUGGCAAAUACUUUGGAUGUGGUAAUAAUCUUACGACCAAGUUGACAAUGUUGCACUUUGGUUUGCCCGUCGAACCAAUGACAAAAAACAACAUUCUCGGAUGUGGGAAAGGGAAGGACGAGGACGACCCCCCUGACGAGGAAGAGGAUGAAUUUCAGAGAUAUGAGAGAAUCUACUAUGCUCAAAAGCCCCUGGACUUCUUGGACACUUAUUGGGAAAGAGGCCACGGUUACCCAAUUUUGCGACGUAUGUAUAUUAAUAUAAAUAGAUGGCUGUUACUAACGGAAACCAGGAAAUAAGCCAGAGAACGUGAGGAUGAGGGGCGGCGCUGGCGCUCCCGAGGAAAUCAGUCAACGCGACUUUGAGUCUGGAACUGUUCAUUUGCGUGGUGGUGCCAGUAACUCAAGGACAUCACCAAGGAAAAAGUCCAACAACUCAACUGGUAAAUCACCUGCCAAAAACGCUGGGACAAUCAAUGUUGAAAAAGACGCAAUUGGGAAUCUCAUGCCAGGAGAACUUUUUCCACCUAGUCUCGGUCCAAGAGACAACUUCAACAGAGAGAGAAUCUUGAAGCAGAGAGCAGCAGAGCUGAAAAUACAAAAGUAUGACCCUUGGCUCGCAGAGCAACGUCGACAAGAUCGUCUCCAGAGAGAGUCCUACUAUAAAGAUCAUCAUGCGGUGCUUCCAGGCCAAAAACCUGAGCCACCACUCUACGGCAUGGUGCGUGAACUCAUGCUCAAUGUCACCGAUGCGCAGCCUACAAUCUACAGUCAACGCAUCACUCCAACAGAUAUCAAUGCCAUUCUGGAUGAGAACCAAAGAGCGAGAAACAAGAUUCUUGAGAGAAUGGACGUCUGUACAUUGUGCGACGAAUCGUUCCCCAAGUUUCAACGCGAGGACUGGCGUGUUCACUUGGUGAAGCAUGCAGAACAAAUGGCAACUGCUGGGAAGUGCCCCGUCUGCGCCACAGACCAAUGGACUCUGAUGAAUAUGGAUCAAAAGAAGAGACAUAUCGUUUACCAUCAGGAUUUGGCGGGAUAUCGACAUGUCAUGUGGGACGUCGACAAAUGUCCAGUUUGUGAGGAGGAAUUUUCUAAACUUGGGCAUGCUGAGGAUGUCGUUUAUCAUUUAGCUGAGCAUCAGCCCGGUAUUAUUCGCUUCUGCGAUCGAUGUGGUCUCGAGAAGUUCGCAUGCUCUACUUCUGAACUCUAUAGACACAAGACAAUGUGCAUUGAGGGGCCGGAACGGCCUCGAAAAGACCCCGAGCUCCUUUUCUGUGAACUUUGCGGCAAGGAUCGGACAAACGAAACCGAGCAGGAGCUCAUCGAUCACAGAAAAAAGUGUAGCUUCACAAAUCGGGGAUAUUUCUGUCGGAAAUGUGGUCUUGACAUGACCAACCUGUCAUUGGAGAAUCGAAGACGUCACGUGGGACGUUGCAAGCCACCAAGGGGAGUUAAAGGGAAACAUUGUCAAAGAUGCGGCAUGGAUAAGAGUCAGUUGGAUCAACUGGGGCUCCUGCAACACGAUAGAACUUGUGCCUUCAAUGAGGAGAAACAUCCUUCCGCACAGGAGUUGAUUGAAGGUUUGUGAUUCCAUCAGAGUUUGGCUUGAAAGGCGGGUAAACUAAUUGAUUACACAGAGAUGAAAGCAAAGAUCGAGAGACAAGACGAAUUGCUCAGAAAAAGCCAAGCAGCAGCGGUCGAAGGUAUGUGCUUUGACAUCCUAUUGUGCCAGGACUGAAAGGAAACUAACCAACUCGUCCAAAAAGCGAAUUUUACAGGAGUCGGGUUUUGUCCUCAGGUUGGCUGUAUUGUUGACUUAAGCAAUUUCGCUGGCUAUCAAAUCGUAGAACAUAUGGCAGAACAUUUACGAAAUGCGAGUAUGGUUCCCAAUACUCCGGCACCCUCUUCUCCAGGGAUGGAUCUUCAUGAUCGAUUCGACCAGUAUUCUGACGAUGAGGGCGAUGACAAUGACGAUCAAGGUGACCAAACUGUCACCCGAUCUCCACCAUUCUUCACAAGACUAACGCCGUCUCCUGCAAAAACUACGUCAGCGAGUCCCGCCAAAAAGACACCUAAAGCUUCUACAAUCAAAACCACAAAGCCGGCUAAAUCAAAAAUCACAACCAAGAAGGCUGCUACAGGUGGAAAACAGAAAUACAAGGAGCCGGAUUCAGCUAAUGACGAUGAAGAGGAAUCCGACGAGUUGGUACAACCUGCAGAAGAUGAUGAAUCAGAAUCAGAACCAGACUUCACCCCUAGUAAGAACAGCAUUGACAAGAAACGAAAGCUCUAUGAUAAAGUUGGAGACGAUUCAGAUAGUAAUCCGGUCUACGAAACAGAAGAGUACCUCGGCGAUACAGAUGACGGGCAAUCGAUCAAGAAAAAGCUCUAUAGAAGGUUCAGGGGAGCGGAUGGUCAAUGGGUUUAUCAGACGGAUCUCUCAGACGAGUCAAUUCCCUCGGACGAAAUCUCUUCGGAAUACACAGAUGGGGGCUCUCGCAUCCCAAAAGGAACCCGAGGUGACAGUCAUCGAGCCGCCGCCUUGAAGGCCCAGAAUAAGAGGAAGUUGAAAACGAAGCCCAAGGCACCAUCGACACAAACGGAAGACUCUGAUUCCAUAUCUAACCCUAGACAAAAGCAAAAGCCGAAGUCACCUACCAAGAAACCUACCAAGCCAACACCCACGAAGCCGGCAACUAAAGCACCUGGCAAGCAGCCGUCUAUCUCAUCCAACGAAUACUAUUACGAUGCAGAUAUUGAGCGGAGACGAAGAAGAAAAGAAGCCGCGGCCAUAGCCGCAGCCCUAGCCGCAACUGCAACUGGGACAGGCAAGCCAGCAACUAAAACACCUGUCAAGAAGCCAUCCGCUAAACCGGCUACGCCGUCUAACGACUCCCUUGACGACCCUUUUGCUUCAGAUAUUGAGCGGGGACGGAAGAGGAAAGCUGGGGUGCCGGAAGAGGAAGACCCCCCCGAAAAUGAGAUCUACAGCGAGCCCGAGAGCGAGGAUGACGAAGAAGGGAAAGCUGGAGAUGAUGGAGGAAGCGUUGGUGGUGAUUCUAAGAAGACGGCAUCUUCGAUUUCCAAGACCGAUUCCGGUUCCGAUAUUUCAGGUUUUGAUGCUGGGUAUUAUGAGUCUGGAUCUGAUAUUGAUGACAAAGAUCUCAAUCCAGAUAAUGUUGUCAAGGGCACCGGCAAAAACAUCAUUGGAAAGAAGUCAAAGAAAGACAAAGAUAAUCCUUACCGCUACACGACACUCUCCGACAUCCCCAUCGAACAGCGAAUAUUAUGGACUGAAGAAGAUAUCGAGCUUGUCACCAAGCGCUUGGAACAGGGGCCACUCUCUCCUAGAUGGAUCAAGAAUAAGAAAGUGGUGCCUUUUUACUCGGACAAGGAUUCUCCUACGCGCAACCUGGGCACAAACAUAACCCCUGAAUCUGUUCCAGAUGUUGAUGUGACGUCCCCAAUCAGAAAGCCCACACGUCGUGGUACUCGUACUAAGACUCCCACCACUUCAGCUACAAUAGGUACUUCUCGUGUUACCAAAAAGACCACCCCAGCGCCGAAGAAGACUACCACGGCGCCAAAGAAGACACCAGGCCGGAAGCCCUCCGCCGCCAAACCAGUGAAGGAAUAA